UGCUGUUUGACAAAUUCAUUCCUUUUUGUUUCAUUUGAAAAAGAGAUCUUCCAUCUGGGAAGAUGGGCUGAGUCAGGCCGAAGUCAAGAGCACAGGACUCCAGCCGGUUCUCCCCCAGGGGUAGCUGGGCCCCAAGUGCUCGGGCCAUCACCACUGCCUUCCCAGGGUGUGCGUCAGCGGGAAGGGGACUGGAACCAGGCCCUGUGAUCUGCGACGUGGGUGUCCCCAGUGACCUCCCUGGUGCUGCAGACCCCUGCCCCCGAACGCUUGGUCCUGCAGGGGCGGAAGGGCUGGCACCUCCUCCCGCGCUGACGUCACUCCCGGUCAGUCCUUCCUGAGUCUCCAGUCUCCCCUUGGUUCCACUUCUGGGGAAAGCGUGGUACACACGGUGACUCUGCUCUCCCAGGAGCUGUCUGCCCCGGUGCUUUGGGCUGUUCACUCCCCUGGGCUUGAGUUUAUGCCAUCUUUUGCCACAGACAGUCUCUUUGUCACUGCAGGGAGGGGGCCUGCUGUCCCCCUGGCCCAGAAGUUUCAGACUGUCCCAGGGUGCCGUGGUUCAAUUCCCCAGUCCUCCUCUCCCUCCGCCCCUGGGCACCACGGGCGGGGUGGGGUGGAUUCUAACGAGGCCCUGGGGCUUUCCAUCCAACCAGACCCAUAAGUGGGCCCAGGGAGACCAGGUAAGUACCUUCUCGCUCCAAGAUUGAGUACUCUCUUCUUAUGGGGAAUAAAAGUUGGGAGACAGGGGUGAGAGAGGGAUGAAGAUGGGUGUAGCCCUUGCCCGCGCAGGUUGCGUGGAAUCCUCCCACGGCUGUCUCUGCUGCUUCGUCAGCUCUGUUUACAGGAGGGCUGACGUCUUCCCUGGCCCCUGAAGAAGAGGUGCAGGAUGGCCCUGACAUUGGAGAAGCGGGGGUGAGGUCGGGAAAAUGAGCGAUGGCGGCACAUCCCGAUCCAGGGCUCGCACCGAAGGACUGACGAGGAGACGGAGGAGGGCCAGGAAAGGAGCCCCCCGCACGGUGAGCAGCUCUGCGUGGUCGGUGCUUGGAGGGGGAUUUCGUGGCUCUCAACGUGGCUUGGUUUGAGCUCUACAAGGAUGACCUCAGUGCCCUCCCAGCCUCCUGUGAGCGGCAGCGGCCACUGAUCAGACAGCGGGGAAUGGCGGUGGUGUUGAUGGGCCUCGUCGUGUCCGUCAGGGCCUUUGGCGAUCAGACUUCAAGCCAGGGUUCUUCCCUAGAAAUGAUGGGCUCAGAAGUACCGGUGGCUUGUCCUGAAUCCAGCUAAGAGAGAGAGAGAACGCACCAACCAAGCAAACCACCACAGGGCAGGCCCGGUCGUCGCUGCGGCACGGAGUCAGCCCGCUCCUCCUCCCCCUCCUGGCUGUGGGCUGGGACCCAGGAUGCCAGGGUCAGGCCGCAGCUGGAGCCACGGGCCGGCGUCCAACUGGACGGCCCCGCAGGAGUUCGUCAUCCUGGGCUUCUCGGGGUGGCCCCCGGGGCUCCGAGUGCUGCUCUUCGCGCUCCUCCUGCCGCUCUACCUGGCCACCCUGGCAGGCAACCUGCUCAUCCUGGGCCUGGCUCUGGCCGAGCCCGCCCUGCACACGCCCAUGUACUUCUUCCUGGGCGCGCUGUCGGCGGUGGAGGUGGCCUACACACUGGUGCUGACCCCACGCAUGCUGGCCGGCUUCCUCCUGCCCCCUGGGGGCCAGGCCGUGGCCCCCGCCACCUGUGCUGCUCAGAUGGGCCUCUUCGUGGCCCUGGGGGGCUCCGAGUGCCUGCUGCUGGCGGCCAUGGCUUUGGACCGCUACCUGGCCAUCUGCCGCCCCCUCUACUACCCUCAGCUCAUGACCACAGGGCUCUGCUGGGGCCUUCUGGCCUCGUGCUGCGCAGGUGGCUCCGUCCUGGCCCUGGGCCUCACCACGGCCAUAUUCCAGCUGCCUUUCUGCCGGGGCGGGCUCGUGAACCAUGUCUUCUGUGACCUCCCGGCGGUGCUGGUGCUGGCCUGCGGGAACCGGGACCUGCAGGAGCGGGUGCUCCUGGCGGCCUGCCUGCUGCUGCUGGUGCUGCCCCUGGUCCUGAUCCUGCUCUCCUACACCCGGGUGCUGCUCGUCAUCUUGGGCGUGGGGGGGGCCGUGGGCCGCCGCAAGGCCUUCGGCACGGUGGCGUCCCAUCUCACGGUAGCCGUGCUGCACUACGGCUGUGCCACGGCCAUGUACGCCAGACCCCUGAGCAGCCGCUCCCUGGACGAGGACAAGCUGGUCUCGCUCAUCUACGUCAACCUCACGCCGCUGCUGUACCCUGCCAUCUACACGCUGCGCAACCGGGACAUGCAGGGUGCUCUGCAACGGGUGGUGGGCGCGAGGGGGCCGGGGGCGGACCCCCAGGCUGACGUCACCUGACGCUGCGCACGGGGUGGGGGAGGGGGCGGGGUCUGUCCGGACGUUUUCCCUCUAAAUGGAGAUGUCGCCCUUUCAGAGCCCUCUGUGGCUCCCCAACACCGACACAAACCCGGGCGUGGCACGCGAGGACCUCUGCUCUGCUGGCCUUCUGGGCAGGACGGUUCUUUGUCCUAAGAUGUUCAGGGGAUCUAGGUUUGAUGCUAGUUAUCAGCAACCAUACCAUAUGACAGCCAGAACUAGCUCUGGACACGGCCAAAGGUCCCCAGAGGGGCAGAAUCGCCACCACUUGGAACCGACCCCGAACUCCAGCCACGUGGAGUCUUCCCUCAAGAAUGAAACGAGUAAUGGACAAAACUUAGGGACGCGCUGCUUCGAGGCGCCAGACCCGAAAGUGAAUGUCCACAAAUGCACACGCCUGGCGGCAUGGCCCACGAUGACCACACAGCGAUGCAGAGGCGUGAACGGCACCUAGGAAGCCAAGAGAGGUGCACGUCCUGUGCGGUGUCAUCCAAACAAAGGCCAGUGUGCCCAGUCGAUGGGGGCCGGUGGCUGAUGUGGCAGCCGUGCCCCCCUGGGUGGCGGGUCUGGGUUGGGCUGAAUGUCUCUGUCUUGAUGAGGGUGGUAAGGACGUGGGUAGGUGCAAGUGCAGAACUUCGUCAGAUCCGGGCAGCCCGGCCACCUACGGUCAGGCAGCUCAGUGUACAUCUGUGCAACCCCCCGUCUCUCUGCUCCUACCCAGCCCCGCUGUGCCAGUCGGGGAUCUGCCCAGGCCCUCCUCGGUGUCUUUCCCUUUUCCUUGCGGUUACGACAGGUGGCACUCUAAAGCCUGGUUCUCACUGUGGCCCCUGCCUUGCUUCUCGCCCACCCCCACUGAGACUGCACGCUGCCUGAAGGCAGGGCUCAGCCCCAAGGGCUCUGCCGUCCUAGGCGAUCAUGGAAAAGCACUGGGUUGCACAGAGGCGCCACGCACCAGCCGCAGCCCUGAAAUCACACAUGACUGACGACUUCUUCGGAGCCGUCCACAGGUGUCUGAGCCGGCUGCGGGGACCCGACUUGCUGAUGCCAGGGAGCCUUAGGCAAUCCUGCCACCUGGCUGUGCCUGCAAGCUCAGGGUCCUGGAUUCCAUGGGAGCUUUGCCCCAAGACGUGACUAAGGGGUAUCCUCAGCCUAAAGACUGUGUCUGAAGAGCCCAGGCUCCCUGGCUGGACCAAGUGUGUGUCAGCAAAAGCUGAGCCGGAGCCCAGGAAGUUCAAACCGUGGCCGGCAUGAUGGAGCCGCAGCUGGGGAGCCCCCUGCUGCUUCCAGCCCACUGCCCCCUUUCUCUCCCUGAGGCUGGUGCCUCGGAGCCAGAGACACAAAGCCCUGCCCACGGCCCUCGAGCCUCCCACCCCGGAAGGCAGGAGGAAGUCCCCUCCCCGUGGAGAGCCAGGAACCAUGUUUCUAAAGCUUGUAUUUUUUUCAGAGCAGUUCUAUCAGUGCACACUGACAGAGGGGUGCCGAUCGCCCACCCGCCCCGCCGCUCGACUCCAGGGCAGCUGGGCUGGAGCUGAUGGGACCCUGAGAAACGCGAAGGGAGGCGUCCUUCCUCCAGCUACGCCUGCGCUCGCUUCUCUAAACGGGUUCGAAAUUGGUCAGUUUCUCAACAAGGACACGAACAGGGCAAAUUGUAUGAUGCAGACAAGACAGGUCAGUAUGCACGACACCGCCCAAGAAAGAAACCUGGCCACACCCACAGGCCAAGGAGAGACGAGCCGAAGGUUCCGGAGUUACCUCUGCCCCGUGUGGCUCCAGGGCAGUCACCUGUGGUCUCCUCCAGUGUUUAACGGGCACGCUUCUGGGUGAACACAACGGACGCCACGGUACAACUCCAACACCAACCACGAACUACGACUUCUGGUUCCGCCCACUGGAAACGGGCCCAGGUUCUAUGUCCGUCACUGCUAAUUAAGG